AUGAUCGCAGGCGCCGGGAUGAGGUGGCUGGGGGGAGAGGGAUGUACCGGCGCGGCGGCUGGGCAGAAGCAGAAGCGGGGGCCGCCGGCCCGUCGGCCGGGCGAGCCCAAGCCCAAAAAGGGGGCCAUGAAAGCGCAGGCGACAGCAAAGGCGAGCAGCGCCUACCUGCACGAGGUGCACACCGCCCAAGAGCUGGGCCAGGAGGCAGGGUGCGGCGAUUUCACAGCCCGCAACACCCUGGAAGAGCUUUGCGAGCGGAAGGUGGUGAAGAAGAUCAAGUCGAGCCAGGGCGUGAUGCAGCGGGGCAAGUCGGCGAGGCGCCCCACCAAGGGCACCAAGCCCGCCGGCGUGGGCGGAAGGCGCGGCGGCACCCAAGCAGGCGCCGCUGGACCCAAGCUGUUGGAGGAUGGGGCCUGGGACGACGCGGUGCUCACCCUGCAUGAGGUGAUGAGCCGCGCAGCGGCGCUGAGGGGGAGCGGCGGGGAGCUGGGGCGGCUUGCGGCGGCCUUCAACCGCCACGUCGCCUGCACCGCGCUGGAGACGGCGGCCGACAAUGGCCACCUCGAGCGCUUCGAGUACUGGGGCGCCGCCUGGCGGGAGGCUGAGGCACAGAAGUCGGUGGUGGACCGCGUGCGCGCCCACGUGGCUGCCGGCCACCUGCAGGGCGUCGUCCGCACGGCGCUGGAUGUGCAGCAGGACGUGGACGGCCAGCCAUACCCGGCGCUUGAUGCCGAGGCGGCAGCCGGCCGCCUGGAGCGCGUCCUGGUGCAGGGCCCCACCUCUGAGCACCACCCCGAGACCGUGGACUAUACCGCGCCCACCACAUCAGCGGACACCCACGAGCGAGUGAGCUGGCGCCAGGAGCAGCAGUCGGGCGCGGACUGUAUGCGGCGGCUGGCCCCCACCCUGCCCCACCGCGUCAUCACCAUCCGCGAGGCGGCGGACGAGGCGGGCUGCAGCUACCCAGCGGCGCGCGGCGCGCUGCAGCUGGAGGUGGCCCUGGGCAGGCUCAAGGUCAUCGAGCACCGGGGCAACAGGCACGACCACCCCGCCGUCAAGGGCUUCACCCACAUCCACGCGCCCGACUCCAUCACCAGCGCCUGGGUGCAGGAGCAGGGGGGUCCAUUUAACAUCAUGCGGACAUUCAUCGAGAAUGGCAUGCUGGAGGGCAGCGUGUACAGCCCAGGCGAAGUGGCGGAGCUGGGGUCGGCUGCAGGCACGAUCUCGCCUGCUUGGCCUCUAUGCGCUGCCGGCGGCGUGCAGCGCGUCCAACGCCAGGCCGCCGCGCUGCAGCGCUGCUCUGCGGUGCUGCAGGACGGCGCCCAGCUGCAGGCGCAGGCGGUGACGGUGGACGACACCCCCGCCAAGCCGCAAUCCUCGCUGCACCAGAUCACCCGCGAGCAGGCGACGCUGCUGCUGAGCCGGCACAGCGCUGCCAGCGCAGUGCCCUCCCACCCUCGGCACGAUCUGGACCCCUUUGCCCCACACACACGCAGGUUCAGCCAGGGCUGGCACAUCCCGCCGCCCGAUGUCGCGGUCCUUGCCUACGAGUCCAGCACGCGGCUGGAGGCGGCGCAGGCGCUGCCGCGCCCUCCCCUGGGAUGCCAGGCGGGUUGCCGUGGUUAA